CUCUCGGCUGCCCGCCCCUGAGUCUGGAGCAGCAGCAGCAGCAGUGGAGCUUCACUGCCUCUCCUAGCCUCACAGUGCGGGAAUAUACCAGCGGAGAGCGGAAUGGAUACGGAAGGGAGCCAGAGCAGCCUGUCCUCCGGCGCGGACAACUCCCCCCACGACCCCUGCAAAAUGUUCAUCGGGGGUCUGAGUUGGCAGACGACACAAGAGGGCUUGAAGGAGUACUUCUGUAAAUUCGGCGAGGUGAAGGAGUGUAUGGUGAUGCGGGAUCCCGUUACCAAGCGGUCGAGGGGCUUUGGGUUUGUAACAUACGCAGAUCAAGACGGAGUGGAGAAGGUUUUGGCGCAAAACAGACACGAGUUGGAUUCCAAAACGAUCGACCCCAAGGUGGCGUUUCCCCGCCGGGCUCAGCCUAAGCUGGUGACCAGGACAAAGAAGAUCUUUGUCGGAGGACUGUCAGUCAAUACCACCAUCGAAGAUGUGAAGCAUUACUUCGACCAGUUUGGAAAGGUUGAUGAUGCCAUGCUUAUGUUUGACAAAACAACCAACAGACACAGAGGCUUUGGCUUUGUCACCUUUGAGAAUGAAGACGUGGUGGAGAAAGUGUGUGAGAUCCACUUCCAUGAGAUCAACAACAAAAUGGUGGAGUGUAAGAAAGCCCAGCCCAAGGAGGUGAUGACGCCGACAGGCUCAGCCAGAGGCCGCUCCAGAGUGAUGCCCUAUGGGAUGGACGCCUUCAUGCUGGGAAUCGGCAUGCUGGGCUACCCAGGUUUCCAGACUACUACCUACACCAGCCGCAGUUACUCUGGAAUGGCUGGAAUGGCUGGAAUGGCUGGAAUGGCUCCGGGUUACACUUAUCAAUUCCCAGAAUUCCAUCUAGAGAGGACCCCCCUCAUGACAUCAUCCCACCCCCAAGAGCUGGCAGCCAUUCCCCUGACUGCAUAUGGACCAAUGGCAGCAGCCGCAGCAGCAGCAGCGGUUAGAGGCUCCACCCCUUCACGCACAGCUGGUUUCCUGGGCACCAGCAGCCCUGGACCAAUGGCUGACUUGUAUGCUGCAGCCAACCAGGACUCAGGAGUCGGCGGCUACAUCAGCGCAGCUAGCCCCGCCCCCAGCUCAGGGUUUGGUCACGGUCUAGGGAAAGUAUAUCCCCUCAUGUAUCCCCAGGGGCCCCUGAUGGCUACUGCGUUUACUAAUGGCUACCACUGAGACGACUCAGGACACUGAAGAUGGGAGGGCCUCUCUUCUGCUGACGAGCCAAUCAAAAAUACUGGCUGCCCUCUGAUGGCACAACCUGAUUGGCCGGGGCCACAGGCUCCUCCCGGCUCUCCGGGCUCCCUGUGGCUCCACCCACCGACUGAAUAUCUUUUUAAAAUCCUGAACUCUGUUUUGCUGUACUAAUCUCACUUCAACAUAACGUCCCCCAUCUCUCCUCUUUUGUCCUCAUGUAGUGUAAUAACUAGACCCCCCUCUUCUUCUGUUACCCAUGAUCUUUUUCUGAAGCUGAGACAACAAAACUGCAAAACUGCAAAAAGAAAAAAAAAAAUCUCUGAGGAGACGUUUGUCAUUUGACAGCUCGCAGAGGACUAUUUUGAUUUUUUUUAUUAUUGUUUUAUUUUAAUGUGACACGUCGCUUCAUCAUGAAAUCCUUCAACGCUGUUACUGAUGUGAACCGAGAGAGAAGAAGCCGUGUGAGAUGGAUCUUUGUCUGAAAACCAUUUUUAAGAAUAGAAGAACAAAAUCCAACAAAGUCCUCUUUUUAACUCACGGAAACAUGACAAAAAACAACUAAAAUGUAUAUUUUGGUAGUCUUUAAAAACAAAACCUUUGUAAUAUUGUUAUUAAUAUUGACAUAAUAAUGAUGAUCUGUAAGGUAUUUUAUUCUGUAAUUGGUUUUAAAGCAAUGUUUUUAUGUCUUCCUGUAAGAUAUUGUACAUAAAUGUUGGGUUGGGGGGGGGUGGAGGGGUUACUGAACCGGCCCGCAUGUCAUUGGGUGGUUUGGAAAGGGUUAACAGCUAUUUUAUUGGCUGUCAUCUACUACUAUGUGUGGUCAUCUCACUUCAUUUAUCAGUAUGCAUAUAGCAUAUUUGUACAUUGUCGGCCAGUCAGCUCCAGUGCACCGCUGUCGACUGCUGCGAAAUAUAACUUCCAGGAGUUUGUCUGGCACAUUUGCUCGGUUAAAUAACUGUUUUUUCACAAACUCAUCACUUUGUUUGCUCUACUUCCUAAAAAAGCAACUUUGACUUUAUCAUUUUAACACCAUGGAUGAACUAGAUUUCUCACAUAUUCAUGAAAACAGGUUUAGAAGACGGACUACGGAAGAAUCACAACCUUUAACAGGAUAAAUCAGGGGGUUCACGGGGUCGGGGGUUGAUUUGACUUCCUCUUUUUUGAAAAUAUUAUAUAUAUAUUUUUGCGCGAUUCAAUUCUUAAUGUGUUUUUUUUUUUAUUGUUUUAUUUUAUUUUUUAUUAUUCUUUUAUGCGGUGAUCUCCACCGUGAAAACAAAUGAAGGACAUUCUCAGAGAAGCAAUUGUAGAAAACAUCACAAUCAUGUUCUGUCCUCUUAUCGCUAUUGAAGGUGCAUGUGAUUGCGUCUGAGUGUGUGAGUGAGUGUUUGUGCGCAUACAUUAAGGUGUAAUAUGGAACUACUUAUGGCAACGAAAGGAGCAUUUGAUUGCCAUUUUUUUUGGUACUGAAGAAAAAAAAAGAUCACCCUGCUCCAUUGCGGCUCAUCUGCUCUUCUCUCCCGACUCUCUCCCAUUUCAUAUUAAGGUUUGUUAAAUUUGUGCUCCUCUGGAAGCGACAUAUUGUUGUUUAUAUACAGUUGCUGCUCUGUAGUGGUGAACAGAGGGGGUUUGGGCAGGGAACCAGAAAUGGAACAGGGUCUCGCUCCCAGUCGGCUCUGACCUCAGAACAGACGACACUGGCUGGCAGGAAGAUUCAAAAAGCUGGAACAAAUUCAACCUUUGCAAAAACAAGUGGGCUGUUUGUUCAGCCUUCUUGCUGCAGCCUGUUUGAUGUUCAGCACAGCAGAAAACGUCCUGAUCCAGCCAGAAGUUCCUCUGUCAGACCGCCUUGGACACGACAUAAAACUACUGCUGGACACCAACACUGUAACUUUUUAACUUACAAUAAAGCAAUAAGUUAUUUUUUACCUUACAAAUGAAAAUAGUACUAUUAUUGGUAAUGGCAGACGUGUGGAUAAUUCUGCGGCAUUAAGACUUAUUUUCAGAAAAGAAAAAAAAAGAAACUAUAUUUUUCUGUUUUGAGAUCUUGUUCCCCUUGUAUAUUGAUUUUAAUGAUGUCUUUUGUUGUGUUGAUGUAAAGAAAAGGGCCAAUGCUUUGAAUGGAGCUUGGGUCUCUUCAAGUUUAAGAUUCGGGCUGUCCCCCGCCGAGCUUUACAACAAUGCUUUUUUUUCCUUGUUUUAUUUUUCUGAUAAUUUCAAUUUUAAAAUCCUAAUAAAUUAUUCUAAAGCGUU